AUGGUUAUCACAAAAAACCUAGGAAAAAGUUGCUUCAGUCAUGGUUCUGUUCCAGAUGAACUGGGAAAGUGUGGUCACUCAAGAACAGCCAGUUAUGCCAGCCAACAGUCCAAGUUUUCCGGCUACAGCACGGGUCAUUCGCGCUCCUCCAGCCUGACGGAGCUCUCUCAUAGGAGGAACUUGUCUGUGGGCAGUGCCUCCACUGGGAUUGGCAGCCUACCAGAGCCCAGUGAGGACAGAGAGUCCCGCACACAGGCCUGCACACCUUUACCCCAGCACUUAGCCACACCGUCCCAUAGUGGGAUCACAGCCAACAGGCACCCUGUAAAACAGGACUCGGUUGAGUCUCAGUUAAAGCGAGUGGAUGCUACCAGAGUGGAUGCUGAUGAUAUCAUCGAGACAAUCCUACAGGGCCAAGACUUCAGCCGCAGCAUACUGGACUCCAGUAAUGAAGAGGAGGGUCUGCGGCUGUUUGUUGGGCCAGGAGGCAGCACUGCACUGGGCUCUCAGCACACCAGGGUUGGUGCAGGAGCUUUUGAACAGGUGGUUAUAAAACGCUAGACUGAACGUCCGUGGGGGAAGGUGAUGUAAUAUCCUGUGUCAAACGAGAGGACAGCAGUUGUCUUCGAUCACAAGUAGCAGUUCUAUUCUGGGGUCCUGACACAUGGGCUCUAGGAAUUUGUGGAAUCACUGCUCCCCCUAGUGGUAAAACUCUGAAGACCGACAGAAGCUUUGCUUAAGAUCAAAGUAACAGGAAAUACUUGGAUUGGUAUUCUUUUACCAAAAAUAGAUAGUUAUAGUUCUCACAGACACUUUAAAAAACACUUUGAACCACUGGUGGAACUGAAAAGACGUGUUACAGAUUCAGGACUAUUUUUAAUGUAAAGAUCAGCUUUUUUAAAUCCACUGACACAGACUGAUGCACUUUGGAUUGUCUGAUAUUUCCUUGGUUGGAUGCUGCUAAUUUAAAAAA